GAGGGGCCCAUUGUCACAUCCUCUGCAUCCGCCACCAUGCCAUCGGCGCAAGGAUACGCCCUCUGCUGCACCCUCCUGUCGGCGUUCGGCAUCGUGUUCCUCGGCUCGAUUGGGCUCAUGAUCCAAAACCAACCGGAAUACAUCAAGUCGCUCAACGUGACGUCGUCUGCGCCAGUGUAUGAAGGAGCGGCGUUGUAUGCUGUGACCCUGGCGGUAUCCAUGGCCGUGUUGUACUUGAAGGUGGGGUCUGCCCCCGACAAGUACAACGACGUGCCGUUGAGUGAACACAUUGAUGGUGUCACGAACGAAAAGACUCCACUCCUGAGUAGGUAAUCCCGCGAUUGCCGUGUGUGGUGGUGUGCCAUCAUGGACGAAUUCGUAGCCGAUAAUGAGGACGAUGACCUCGGCCUAUAAGGUCUACCUUGAAUAAACACACGAUACCAUC